CACAUACAAUCUACCGCCGUGCUUACCCACUUCCCUCACAUCACGACACAACUAGCCUUGCCUUGCACCUAUGGCGCCCACAGUGGCCGGAUCACUACUGCCCCUGUCGGUCAUCGUCCUUGCGACGGUCGCAUCGACCGUUCUGCUGGCGCCGGUGGCGGCGAAGGACAUUGACGCGCUCUUGGCCCUGAAGAGCGGCUUACAUGACCCCAACGGCGCAUUGAAGAGCUGGGACCCGCAGCUGGUGAACCCUUGCACUUGGUUCUACAUCACGUGCGGCGACAGCAACCGCGUCACCCGCAUAGGCCUUGCCCGCCUGAACCUGUCCGGACCGCUGGCGCCGGAGCUUGGCCAACUGGACCGCCUAGAAUAUUUGGCAAUUUAUGACAACCACUUCACCGGCCCGAUCCCGAAGGAACUGGUUGGGCUGUCCAACCUGAUAAAUGCGGAUUUCUCAAACAACGACUUUUGCGGCCCGAUUCCAACCGCUGGACCGUUUAAGCACAUACCUCGUCGUAGCUUUGCCAACAACCCGCGCCUGGGCAAGAAGUGCUAG